AUGAGCACCAGCUCAGAUGAGAGAAUGUUUGAGAUGGAUGCCGAGCCAGCAUCACCCACGGAGUCGGCUCCUACGCAGCAUCAAACUACCUGCCACAUCAUCGAGGGCGUCCUUGGGGGCUGCACGCCACUGGAGAUGGAGAUAUACGAGAGGGCCAUGGAGCAUGUGAGAGAGAUGGGGGAGGAGAGGAAGAGGAGCAGCUUGAAGAAGAGGCUCAUGGUGAGGCUGAGGAAGGAUGGCUACGAUGCGUCCCUCUGCAGGUCUUCUUGGGUCGCCACCGCCCAGCAUCCCGGAGGUGACCACGAGUACAUCGACGUCCACGUGGCGGGGGACGGCGGGGCCGGGCGGACCAGGCUAAUCGUGGACAUAGAUUUCAGGUCCCAGUUCCAGCUGGCUAGGCCGGCCCCAUGGUACGCCCACCUCUCGGCCCGGCUGCCCGCCGUGUUCGUGGGCCCGCCGGACAGGCUGCGGAAGGCCGUGGCGCUGCUCUGCCUCGCCUCGCGCCGCUCGCUCCGGGAGAGCGGCCUACACGUCCCGCCCUGGAGGCGGUCCAGCUACAUGCAGGCCAAGUGGUUCCCCUCCCCCGCGCCGCUGCCGGACGGGGACGCCGCGGUGACCCAGCACUCCCAGUGGUCGGUGGCCAAGCCGGGAGCGGCCGGGUCCCGGAGGUCGGGCCUCUCCAUGGAGAUGGAGAUGGACGGCCAGGAUGGCCCCUCGUGGGCGCAGUGA